GGUGUUGUCCUCAGGCCCUGGGCAGAUACUAUCUGAAGCAUGGCUAACCUCAGGUGUUGUCCUCAGGCCCUGGGCAGAUACUAUCUGAGAAGCAUGGCUAACCUCACGUCUUCUUCUAUUGUCCUCAGGCCCUGGGCAGAUACUAUCUGAAGCACUGUUUGGCACUGUGGCAGCUCCUGACAUCACUCAAAUCAGAAAACAUGCUGUGGCUCAAGAGGGACCCAUUUGAAGGGAUCUCAGAAGAGUACAGGAAGGCCCUGGGAGAGGAUGAGCACAAGCUGCUCACUGGGUUCUUUAAUAAAAGCAGUGCUGAUUCCAUCCUGCUGGAGAUGCACGAGUUCCUGACCCUGGUCCUGAAGGGUCCCCGCGCAUCUGACACCUACAGGCCUGACUGGGGUCUGAAAGACACACUUGUAGCAUACAUGGAGGCGUAAGAACCUGGAUAUCCCACCUGACG